AUUGUUCUAUCUGUGCCACCACCGUAAUUCUGAGUCGUAGGCUAUGAAACAGGAAACGCACUGGAUAUGGUACAGUGUUUGUAUAAUAUCAAUCGUUUUGCAUUGCUCGGACAGCAAUAACGAACAAAUGCGGACAGACAGGUGAGACUGAGUGCAGCGAUGAUUCACGAAGGAAAUAUCCUGACUACUUAUAUCCUCUUCAUCUGAUGUUGAUGCUAUUAACGUCACUGGCGUGAUUUUCAAACUGAAUGAUAGAAGAACGCAGUAAACGAGGCAAGGCCAUGGUGGAGAGGAGACAACUCUUCAUGGAGAUGAGGGGACAAAACUUUGACGUCAUCAGACUGUCAACCUAUAGGACGGCCUGCAAGCUAAGAUUCGUGCAGAAAAGAUGCAACCUGCACCUGGUGGAUGUGUGGAACAUGAUCGAGGCGUUCCGUGACAGCGGUUUGAACACACUGGACCACAACGCAGAGAUUAACGUGUCUAGACUGGAGACCAUCUUGUCCUCCAUCUACUACCAGCUCAACAAGCGUCUUCCCACCGUGCACCAGAUCAACGUAGAGCAGUCCAUCAGUCUGCUCCUCAACUUCAUGGUGGCUACAUAUGACAGUGAAGGCCACGGGAAGCUGAGCAUUUUCUCGAUGAAGUCAAUGUUGGCGACUAUGUGUGGAGGGAAAAUAGUGGACAAACUACGUUGUAUCUUCUCCCAGAUCUCUGACUCUAAUGGUGUGAUGGCCUUUGCUAAGUUUGACCAGUUUCUUCGUGAAGUUCUGAAGCUGCCCACAGCUGUGUUCGAGGGCCCGUCGUUUGGAUACACAGAACACUCCGUACGGACAUGCUUCCCUCAGCAGAAGAAGAUCUUGCUGAACACGUUUUUGGACAUUUUGAUGGCAGAUCCUCCCCCCCAGUGUCUCGUGUGGCUACCUCUCAUGCACCGACUUGCUAAUGUUGAAAAUGCCUUCCAUCCCGUGGAAUGUUCUUAUUGCCGGAGUGAAAGUAUGAUGGGAUUCCGUUACCGGUGCCAACAGUGCCAUGGCUACCAACUCUGUCAAAGCUGCUUUUGGCGUGGCCAUGCCAAUGGUCCCCAUAGCAACCAGCAUCAGAUGAAGGAGCACUCCUCUUGGAAGUCUCCAGCUAAAAAGCUAAGUCACGCCAUCAGUAAGUCUCUGGGCUGUGUCCCCAUUGGAGAGCUACCUCACCCAGUGUUCCCUGAGCAGUUAGAGAAACCCCAGGACAGCGUGCCACACACUGUUCAGCUGAAGCCAGUAGCCAACAACAUGAACAACACAAUGUUCAUGUCCUCUGGUGUACCUACUCCUACUAAAAGUGUCUUAGAGAGUCCCAGCAGGCUAGAAGAGGAGCAUCGUCUCAUUGCUCGCUAUGCAGCGCGCCUUGCAGCAGAGGCAGGCAACUCCACAGUGAGUUGCUCCACACAAUGUCCUCCAACCGAUCUGAGUUUCAACUUCGAUGCCAACAAACAACAGAGGCAGCUAAUAGCAGAACUAGAGAACAAAAACAGAGAGAUCCUCCAGGAGAUUCAACGGCUACGUCUGGAGCACGAGCAGGCCUCCCAGCCCACCCCAGAGAAGGCCCAGCAAAACCCCACACUGCUGGCUGAACUCAGGCUCCUGAGGCACAGGAAGGAUGAGCUGGAGAGGCGCAUGUCAGCCCUACAGGAGAGCAGACGGGAACUGAUGGUCCAGCUAGAGGGACUGAUGAGGUUACUGAAGGAUGAGGAGCAGAAGCAGGCAGCCCAGACAGGAGGCUCAACCCACUCCUCCCCCAGCCAUGGGGCAGUCUGCUCCAUGCCCAUGCCGAUCCGCUCCACCUCAGCUGGGUCCACACCCACCCACACACCCCAGGACUGCCUGGCCGGGUUGGGGGGCGAUGUGCUGGAGGCCUUCGCUCAGGGUGUACCUAGAAAUCUUCGUAAUGAUCUGUUGGUCGCUGCAGAUUCAAUCACAAACACCAUGUCAUCACUUGUCAAAGAACUCCACUCAGUAGAUGAUGCUGCAGAGGAUGAGGACAACCGGAUGAGGAACGGAGGCCUAAGGGACAGGGCAGAGGAUGAGGACAACCAGGCACAGUGAGAGAUCUAAAGCAUCAACAACCUCCCCAAACACCACUCCAUUGAUCUAGACAGGAUGUCAGACUGGAGAAGAAGAAUCAGAAUGAGAAUUUGCCACACCGACCAAACCCUUCUAUCAGGAAUUAGCACGUAGAGUAAUGCAUGCUGUUAUCAAACAGGAUUUCACUGUGUGAACUCUUAUUCAACAUGUUUGUUACACCUUGCUGUGGGAUGUCUGUUGGCAAGUGUAUAUGUCAUUCUGUAUAAAAACUUGAAGCUGUAAUUAUUAUGUAAUGACUGAUUCCCCCCGUCAUGACUGCAAGGGUCAAAUGUCUAAGGAAUGACUUCCUGUGCUUUCACUCAAUCUGUCUUGUUAAUAACAUCACCCUGUGUGCAUCAUAAAUGGCAGGUGCACUACAUAUGGAAUAGGGUGCCAUUUUGUGCACUACAUAGGGAAUAGUGUUCCAUUUGGGAUGCUACCUCUAUCUGCAUAAACUGUACAUAUUAUAUAUGACCUUGGGAACACAGCACUGACCAUAACCUGAAAACAACCUAUUUUCACCAUGACAUGUUCCCCGGCCGUCAUUGCCUUUGUAUGAUUACAGAUCACUUGCUAGUGUGCUUUCAUUAGGGGUUUUGCAUGAAGUUGCACUGUCCUGAGUCUGACUGGGUGUACUGUAGGUUGGUAGGUACCAUGUUAUCCCAGCUCUUUGUGGGUUUAUCAGUGCUUCUCAACCUGCGUCCCCGGGCCAGCACUGGUCCUUGAGGUGUUGCUGAUUGGUCCCUCAGAUAGUGAGUGGACACUGAUUUAGUCAGUUCUCAAGUGUUAGUUUUAAUCUAAGUGGUCUUCAAAGGAGGAAGGACUAUAGCUGGUCCUUGCCGGUCCCUGGUACACAAAAGGUUGGUUACGAUGACUGCUGGGAUUUGUAGUCAUGUAUGUUGCCAUGCCUUAGAAUUCACAUUGAUUAUGUCCCAAAUGGCACCCUAUUCCCUAUAUGGUGCACUACUUUUGACCAGUGCCCAUAGGGCUCUGGUGAAAAGUAGUGCACUAUAUAAGGAAUAUGGUGCCAUUUGUGGGACGUAACCAUUGAGUCGCAUAAUGCUGCUACUAUGUGCUCACUCUGCCGCGAGACACCCUUUUGCAAAAAUAUGAGGGUUGUUUGGUCGUAGGGAGCCUAUGGGGGCUGUUGUUUAUUUUAAUCAGGGAAAUGUCCCGUUGUUAGAAUCGGAUUAAUUCUUCUCAUAGUUAAUAUUUUACAGACAAAAACAGUGAGAGAAGCUAGUAAAUGUAUUUUAAAGUGCAUUUAAAACUCUACAUGGUGUCUCGUCCCUCAUCCACUAAUCUAGUCACUCAGUAGUGACCGUAUUUAUUGACCACAUAAAGCAAAGAGAGGGAGAGGAACUCAGGGCAUUAGUUUGAAAUGAAUAUUAUAUUGUGAUCUUUCGUUACAACAUACUCACCUAUACACCUGUACAUAGGUGACGACAGGAGGCCGACACAGAAAGGUUGUGCACAGAUAAGACUAGCUUUGAUGGCUUAAAAGAAACGAGGACUGGAACAUGUUCAUGUGACAUGAUAGAUAGGAGUUUGGGAACUGUAGCGGUAGAUGGAAUGCAGUGGUGACUCAAAUGACACCCUAUUCCCGACAUAGUGCACUACUUUUGACCAGAGCCAUCAGCCCAGUGGGUCAAAAAUAGUGCACUAUAUAGCCAAUGGGGCGCAAUUUGGGUCACUUAUUCAAAAUGUGUGGUUAACUAAUAGUCAGUAGGCUAGGCCCUAAUGGGCUCCAGACCUGCUUGUUUAGGGGUCAGUUGCUGUGUAAUCAUUAAAGAGUCUGGAGGGAGCAGACAGCAACCCUGCGUCUCAAUAAUCUGGCCUUUCUACUGCAUUUAAAAUCAUUGGAUUGGUCUGAGCAUGUGCUAGACUGCUAUAUUUCUUAAAAUUGACAUAUUAUUGGGACACACAGCAAGAAGGGUUCACCAGAUGGCAGAAAUGACAGAUCAUUGGGAGACAGGGCAAGAGGGGUUGACCAGACAGCUGGAAGGACAGCUCAUUAGGAGACAGGGCAAGAGGGGUUGACCAGACAGCUGGAAGGACAGCUCAUUAGGAGACAGGGCAAGAGGGGUUGACCAGACAGCUGGAAGGACAGAUCAUUAGGAGACAGGGCAAGAGGGGUUGACCAGACAGCUGGAAGGACAGAUCAUUAGGAGACAGGGCAAGAGGGGUUGACCAGACAGCUGGAAGGACAGAUCAUUAGGAGACAGGGCAAGAGGGGUUGACCAGACAGCUGGAAGGACAGCUCAUUAGGAGACAGGGCAAGAGGGGUUGACCAGACAGCUGGAAGGACAGAUCAUUAGGAGACAGGGCAAGAGGGGUUGACCAGACAGCUGGAAGGACAGAUCAUUAGGAGACAGGGCAAGAGGGGUUGACCAGACAGCUGGAAGGACAGCUCAUUAGGAGACAGGGCAAGAGGGGUUGACCAGACAGCUGGAAGGACAGAUCAUUAGGAGACAGGGCAAGAGGGGUUGACCAGACAGCUGGAAGGACAGAUCAUUAGGAGACAGGGCAAGAGGGGUUGACCAGACAGCUGGAAGGACAGAUCAUUAGGAGACAGGGCAAGAGGGGUUAACCAGAAAGAAAGUCUGGUUUUGGUUUAGAAUAUUGAAUGAUUUAGAGCAGAGAACAGAUGUGGGGUGGACAAGAGAAGGAAACUGACUGUUGAAUCAGUAGGAUAUCAGAUACAAUAAAACACUCUUCUGAUCGACGGACAUUUCUGUUGUUCAGGGUUUGCAUUUAUCUCUGAAAUAAAGCACUGAAAUGAAUAACUAGAUAAUGAAUGUUAGGUUUAGCAAUGUGACACGAUAAAGGGCCAGACGGAGAAGAGUAGGGUUUGGUUCACAUGUUAUUACAUAAUAAUAACAUGUUAACAUGUUUACGGUAAAUUGAAACACUGGUUAAGCAAUGAACUGUACUGAAGUUGUACAUGAACAUUUAGCAUUGAGAUAAUGUGUAAAGUACAGUCAGCUAUCCUUUAAACGAAAUACAAGGCCUUAUCAACCUACUACACUGUGUCCAGGAAUAGAAGAACUAUCCGUUGUUCUAAAUGUGAUGUUUUUAUUUGGUUACUUAUUUUACGUGAUCUUAUCAUUCUGGGUGUUAUUUUAGUUUGCUAGUGGAAUUAAAUCAUUGAUAAAGUAGAAUAAUAUUGAAGACAUCAAAACUAUGAAAUGAAAAGUGUUAAACAAAUCAGAAUAGAUUUUAAUAUUUGAGAUUCUUCAAAAUAGCCUCCCCUUGCCUUGAUGACAGCUUGCACACGCUUGGCAUUCUCUCAACCAGCUUCAUGACGUAGUCACCUGGAAUGCAUAUCAAUUAACAGGUGUGCCUUGUUAAAAGAUAAUUUGUGGAAUUUCUUUCCUUAAUGCGUUUGAACCAAUCAGUUGUGUUGUGACAAGGUAGGGGUGGUAUACAGAAGAGCCCUAUUUGGUAAAAGACCAAGUCCAUAUUAUGGCAAGAACAGCUCAAAUAAGCAAAGAGAAAUGACAGUUCAUCAUUACUUUAAGACAUGAAUGUCAGUCAAUGUGAAACAUUUCAAGAAAUGUGAAAGUUUCUUCAAGUACAGUCGCAAAAACCAUCGAGCACUAUGAUGAAACUGGCUCUCAUGAGGACCGCCACAGGAAUGGAAGACCCAGAGUUACCUCUGCUGCAGAGGAUAAGUUCGUUAAAGUUAACUGCACUUCAGAUUGUAGCCAAAAUAAAUGUUUCAAAGAGUUCAAGCAACAGACACAUCUCAACAUCAACUGUUCAGAGGAGACUGUGAAUCAGGCCUUCAUGUUCAAAUUGCUGCAACAAAGAAACCACUACUAAAGGACAGCAAUAAUGAGAAGAGCCUUGUUUGGGUCAAGAAACAUGAGCAAUGGACAUUAGACUGGUGGAAAUCUGUCCUCUGGUCUGGUAAGUUCAAAUUUGAGAUUUUUGGUUCCAACCGCAGUGUCUUUGUGAGACGCAGAGUAGGUGAACAGAUGAUCUCUGCAUGUGUGGUUCCCACCAUGAAGCAUGGAGGAGGUGUGGGGGUGCUUUCCUGGUGACACUGUCUGUGAUUUAUUUAGAAUUCAAGGCACACUUAACCAGCAUGGCUACCACAGCAUUCUGCAGUGAUACGCCAUCCCAUCUGGUUUGCGCUUAGUGGGACUAUCAUUUAUUUUUCAACAGGACAAUGACCCAACACACCUCCAGGCUGUGUAAGGGCUAUUCGACCAAGAAGGAGAGUGAUGGUGCUGCAUCAGAUGACAUAGCAUCCACAAGCUGUCAUCAAGGCAAAGGGUGGCUACUUUGAAGAAUCUCAAAUAUAUUUUAAUUUAACACUUUUUUUGGUUACUACAUGAUUCUAUAUGUGUUAUUUUAUAGAUUUGAUGACUUCACUAUUAUUCUACAAUGUAGAAAAUAUUAAAAAUGAAGAAAAACCCUUGAAUGAGUAGGUGUGUCCAAGCCUUUGACUGGUACUGUAUAUUGAAGAUCUAAGGAAAGUGCUGAGAUAAACCCUUUGAAAAGUCAGUCAUUGUUUUCCCUCCACUCCGCUCACAGAUAGGAAUGCAAUAUUAUGAUUUGAGUUUGUGCCUACUGCCUAGAUGUUCUGUAUAAAGUGCUGAAUAAAGUCAAAAACCCAUUCAUGCAGAUAUAAGAACAUCAAUCAGCCUUUUAAGUAGGAGUUUUAGUCUCAGUCAGUUACCUUGUGGAAAAAUAGGAUUUAUUUAUUGUUGUUCAGGAGGAAAAGUAGAGUACUUUUGCUCAGCCUUUACAUUUGUGCCAAAAAUGCAGACCUUGUGUGUCAUUAUACAGAUAUAACUACAUUCCAUAUGUUGUUGUUGUUGAUGUCCAUAUUUUGCAUGAUAAAAUCCCGGCCAUACAUUUACUUGAUCUUCCUUAAAAUGUAGAACCCCCAACAGUUCUAGAACCAGUAACAGUUCUUGAGCUACAAACUGUUCUAGAGCUACAAACUGUUCUAGAGCUACCAACAGUUCUAGAACUACAAAUUGUUAUUGAACUACCAACAGUUCUAGAGCUACAAAUUAUUCUAGAGCUACCAACAGUUCUAGAACUACAAACUGUUCUUGAGCUACCAACAGUUCUAGAGCUACAAAUUGUUCUAGAGCUACAAACUGUUCUAGAGCUAUCAAAAGUUCUACAGCUACAAACUGUUCUAGAGCUACCAACAGUUCUAGAGCCAUAAACAGUUAUAGUUACAAACUGUUCUAGAGCUACAGUACCACUCGUUCAAGAACUCCCAACCAUUCUAGAACUACCAACCAUUCUAGAAAGAUUUCCUUCUAGCCAACAGAGGCAAUAGAAAGGUACAUACUUCACAUUAUGAUUGUUUUAUUGUUUGCAGAGAGAAAAUGGCAAAAUGACAAACCAUAAGCUUCCCGAAAUGUUAUUUAUCUUUCUAUGCGUUAUAUACUGAUAUGCUUCUGGUAUUCAUUUGUUUCUCAUGUUAAUUUUAAAAACAUGGUUUUAUGUCACAUGACCACUGACUUUUGUAAAUACAAUGAAUCAAUUGUGAAAUGUAUUAAAAUAUUUAAAAACUUGAAA